GGUAGACUUGAUACUUCUUUUUUUAUAUAAUAUUAUCAGUCACCAUGUUUGAAUUACUUGGCGAACUCCAGCUAUGUUCGUUCUUGUUUCCAGUCCCUAUUUUUGGUAUUUGUUAAUUGACCUGUGACUCUCUCUUUUAAGUGUCUCUUGAUGUUUGUUAUUAUAGAAGUCUAUCAUUUAAGAAAAUGGGAUUCUGUCAAGCUUGGAAAAUACUUUUGAUCUCUCUUCUUUCGUACUGUAUCGUCCAGUCAUAUUAUUGCAAUGCCUCAGACGCCAUUCUGCAAUCACAAGAGCUCUUAGUAGGGGAUACUUUAACCUCUGCUAGUCAGGUUUUUGAAUUGGGAUUCUUUAGUCCUGCCAAUUCCAGUAAAACGUACCUGGGGAUAUGGUUUAAGAAUAUCCCGCCUCGUAAAGUUGUGUGGGUUGCAAACAGGGAAAGUCCACUUAAUGUUUCUGAUUCCACUGCAAGUCUAUCGAUUAGCAAAAAUGGAAACUUGGUGAUUCUUGAUGGUGUACAGAAUGUUAUCUGGUCAAGCAAUGUCUUUGUCCCCACUAAUAACACAGUUGAAGUUGUUCUCCUGGACAGUGGGAAUUUGGUGCUUAAAGAUAAUAUCUCAGGACAAUGCUUCUUUGAGAGUUUCGAUUAUCCUUGUGAUACUUUCUUGCCUGGAAUGAAAAUAGGUUUCAACAGGAUAACUGGGAAGAGAUGGCUCUUAUCUUCUUGGCACAAGGAAAAUGACCCCUCACCGGGAAAUUUUUCUGUUGGAAUCUCGGAGCAACUUCCUUCUCAGUUUUUCAUAUGGAACAAAUCUACUCCCUACUACAGAACCGGGGAGUGGAAUGGACUGAAGUUCAUUGGUCUUCCCUAUAUUGAUUCAGCAGCCUAUAUAGUUCAGUUUGUCUUUCAGCAAGAUUUUCAACAGGGAACUGCAUACUUCACCUUUCUUCCAAAUACUUCAUUUCUAACUUUGGUGGAACUUCAGUCAACAGGAUCUGUUCAAGUUGUUCAGUGGACCGAUGGGGCUCCUGCUUGGGAAGUCUAUGCUAAGAUGGUACAUCCACCAUGUGAUAUAUAUAACACUUGUGGACCUUCAGCAAUCUGCAGCAAGAAUAAAUAUCCAACUUGCAGCUGCUUAAGAGGGUUUGUGCCACGGUCUAGUGACGAGUGGAGCAGAGGGAACUGGACAGGUGGUUGUGUGAGGCGAACUAAAUUACUAUGUCAGCGGAAGGGAAUUAACACGUCUCCAGGGGUUGGACAGCAGGACGGUUUUUUGAAGUUUAGUGGACUGAAACUGCCUGAUCUAGCUGCUAUUUUUCGCCUUGAUAGUGCUAGUGAAUGUGAAAGGUUAUGUUUGAACAAUUUCUCUUGCACUGCUUAUGCUUAUGUGGCAGGAAUUAGGUGUAUGGUGUGGUCUGGAGAUCUUUUAGAUAUGCAGGAUUACUCAUAUUCUGGGGAAGUUCUUUUCCUUCGGCUUGCUUACUCAGAAUUAGUUUUUCCAGGUAAGCGGAAGCUUAAAAGAGCACUAAUCAUAUGUUCUGCAGUAUUUUCCAGUCUCUUGUUGGGGAUUGCUUUAUAUUGUUUGCUCAAGAAUAAGAUUUAUCAAACAGGACAAAAAAGAAAAGGAACCAUAAGCUUUCGUAUAAGUGAUUCAUGCAACAUUUCAAAAGAAUAUGCACUGGAAAGUUUCUGGAUUGGCAAUUUAAAGAAAGAAGAUCCAGUUGAGCUUCCACUGAUUGAAUUUGAGCUAAUUGCCGCUGCAACAAACAACUUCAAAUUAGACAACAAACUUGGGGAAGGAGGAUUUGGCCCUGUUUUCAAGGGAAAGCUAAAAGGUGGACAAGAAAUAGCAGUGAAAAGACUUUCUAAUCGAACAGGGCAAGGCAUAGAAGAGUUCAAGAAUGAAAUCGUAUUAAUAUCAAAACUCCAGCACAGGAAUCUUGUACGACUCCUGGGAUGCUGCAUUGAAGGGGAAGAACUUCUUAUAAUUUAUGAGUACAUGCCAAACAGAAGCUUGGAUAAAUUUCUCUUUGAUAUAUCACAGAAAGAACUGCUAGAUUGGCCUAAACGGUUCAACAUCAUUCAAGGUGUUGCUAGGGGGCUACUAUAUCUACAUCGAGAUUCCUGUCUGAACAUUAUACACCGGGAUCUGAAAGUAAGCAAUAUCCUUUUGGAUGAAGAGAUGAAUCCAAAAAUUUCAGACUUUGGUUUAGCAAGAACGUUUCAGAAGCAGCAGCAGCUUGUGCAUACUCACCGAGUAGCUGGAACAUAUGGAUAUAUGUCUCCUGAAUAUGCUUUGAGGGGGGUAUUCUCUGAGAAAUCUGACGUCUUCAGCUUCGGAGUCUUGCUAUUAGAAAUCAUAAGUGGCAAGAAAAAUUCAAGUUUUCAUUACGUUGAAGAGAAUCUUAACCUUCUCAAUUAUGCAUGGAAAUUAUGGAGUGAACAAAGGGGAUUAGACUUUAUGGAUGGGACGUUAAUCAACUCAUUUUCUCCAGAAGAGAUAACGCGAUGCUUACAUGUUGGCCUUCUCUGUGUUCAAGAAUGUCCUAGGGAUCGUCCUACCAUGGCAGCCAUAAUUCUCAUGUUAAACAGUGAAAUGAAAUGCUCAACUCCUAAACAACCUACAUUUAAGUUUGAAACAUAUUUGGAUCUUGCCGGUUCGGCAAAAGAUAAUGACAAAUAUUCUGUUAAUGAGUUUAGUGCAUCUUUGUCUCAAGGACGAUAGAACAUGUCAAUGUACAUUCUUAAAUGUUGUUACUUAAGUACAAAAAUCCAGUCAUUAGCCUCCUGAUGAUGUUUAGUAUCCCUCACAAUUUGUAAAUGAACCAUUCCAGGGGAUGUAAUUCUUUUCUAAACCCAAUUUUACAGGGUCAAUCUUGUACUGGUUAACA